CGCCGCCCACCCCCUAGCCCUGCCCUCCGCUCUCACCCUGUGUACCUGGGCCGAUCCAUUCCCCGGAGGCACGGGGGGGUGGAGUGGCUCGCAGAGCCACAGUGGGACAAGCAAGUUUCUCCCCGCAAGCUGGACGCGUGCUCUUCAUCCACGAGGUUUCCUCUAGUUAAAAUCCUAGAAUAGGGUAGAGUGGGCUUGGAAUGGAGACAAGGAGCGGAAGCGGGAAGGGGAGGAGCAGGCACCCCUCCCAGUCUUGGUGGGCGCCGCGCCCCCUACCCUCCCGGUACCAGGGAGGGGACGCGCGGGCGCGACGCGCCCAGACGGCAGCGAUGGCGCCUUUGGCCCGCCAGUUCUCCGGGGGACUGGAGUCCUGCCCGCGUGCCCUGAGCUGGGGCGCGGUCGUCUUCGGGUGGCUUUUUCUGAGCACCUUGUGCACAGCCCCCACCAGUGCCAUCCAGGUGACUGUGUCAGACCCCUACCACGUGGUGAUCCUAUUCCAACCUGUGACCCUGCCCUGCACCUACCAGUCGACCUCGACCCCCACGGCGCCCAUCGUGAUCUGGAAGUACAAGUCUUUCUGCCGGGACCGCAUCGCUGAUGCCUUCUCUCCUGCCAGUGUUGAUAACCAGCUCAACGCCCAGCUGGCGGCUGGUAACCCAGGCUACAACCCCUACGUGGAGUGCCAGGACAGCGCACGCACCGUCAGGGUUGUGGCCACCAAGCAGGGCAAUGCCGUGACCCUGGGAGACUACUAUCAGGGCCGAAGGAUCACCAUCACAGGAAAUGCUGACCUGACCUUCGACCAGACAGCCUGGGGGGACAGCGGCGUGUACUACUGCUCCGUGGUCUCGGCCCAGGACCUCCAGGGGAACAACGAGGCCUACGCAGAGCUCAUCGUCCUGGGCAGGACCUCGGGGGUGGCCGAGCUCUUACCUGGUUUUCAGGCGGGGCCCAUGGAAGACUGGCUGUUCGUGGUCGUGGUCUGCUUGGCUGCCUUCCUCGUCGUCCUCCUGCUGGGCAUCUGCUGGUGUCAGUGCUGCCCCCAUACCUGCUGCUGCUACGUCAGGUGCCCCUGCUGCCCGGAAAAGUGCUGCUGCCCCGAGGCCCUAUAUGCUGCAGGCAAAGCUGCCACUUCGGGUGUCCCAAGCAUUUACGCCCCCAGCACCUAUGCCCACCUCUCCCCUGCCAAGACCCCGCCCCCACCAGCCAUGAUCCCCAUGGGCCCUCUCUACAAUGGGUACUCUGGAGACUUCGACAGAAAUAGCUCAGUUGGUGGCCAUAGCUCCCAGGUACCCCUGCUUCGUGACACAGACAGCAGCGUGACCUCUGAGAUUCGCAGUGGCUACAGGAUUCAGGCCAACCAGCAGGACGACUCCAUGCGGGUCCUAUACUACAUGGAGAAGGAGCUGGCCAACUUCGACCCUUCUCGACCCGGGCCCCCCAAUGGCCGUGUAGAACGAGCCAUGAGUGAAGUCACCUCUCUCCACGAGGACGACUGGAGAUCCCGGCCUUCACGGGGCCCUGCCCUCACCCCCAUCAGGGAUGAGGAAUGGGGUCACCACUCCCCCCGGAGUUCCAGGCGGUGGGAGCAAGAGGCCCCCCUGGAGCGGCCAGGGAACAGCCGGGGUGCGGGGAGGCCCCGAGCCCGCUCUGUGGAUGCUCUGGAUGACUUUACCCGGCCGGCCUCUGCUGAAUCAGGGAGGAGAUCUCCCCCAAGCAGUGGGAGGAGAGGCCGGGCCUAUGCAACCCCGCGAAGUCGCAGCCGCGAUGACCUCUACGACCAAGACCAAGACGACUCCAGGCACUUUCCGCACUACGAUGACUUCAGGUCUAGGGAGCAACCUCACGCUGACCCUCGGGCCCGCUACCAGCGCUCCCGGGACCCUCGGGAUGAUGGCUCCAGAUCCAGGGACCCCCCCUAUGACGGGCGGCUACUAGAAGAAGCCUUGAGGAAAAAGGGGCCAGCGGAGAGGAGGCCUUACAGGGAGGAAGAGGAAGAAGAGGAGGCCUACUACCCUCCAGCGCCUCCCCCUUACUCUGAGACUGACUCUCAGGCUUCACGAGAGCGGAGGCUUAAGAAGAACUUGGCCCUGAGUCGGGAAAGUUUAGUCGUCUGAUCUCAACAUUUUGUAUGUAGUUUUUGUACUUUUUUUUUUUUUAAUUGGAGGGAUUAUUGAUGAUCUCGUAAAACUAAUAAAACUUCUAAUCACAA